UCCAAGGGAGAGAAUUUAGGGUUGAAAAUUCAAAUAUGAAGAAGCUAAACGACUUGAAGGCUCUUCCAUUACUGGUUUUUGUUUUGCUCCUGGCAGGGUUGGCAAAACAAGGCGAAGGUCAUGCUUGCAGCAGCACAUUCUUCUCAGCACUUGUUCAACUAAUACCUUGUAGGGCAGCAGUGGCUCCCUUCAGUCCCAUCCCGCCAACUGAGGUCUGCUGCAAUAGCGUCAAAACUCUGGGGCAGGCUUGUUUGUGUGUGCUAGUAAAUGGCCCUCCCAUUGCUGGAGUUGAUCGCAACAUGGCUUUGCAGCUCCCAGAGAAAUGCACUGCCAACUUUGACCCAUGUAAUCUCUCUCACUCCCUUCUCCCAAUCUGAAACGAUAAUGUGAGAUAUAUUUCCUGCCUUUAAUUCAACAAAACUAAGGACUAGUUCAAACUUCUUUCUUUUGUGCUGAUGCAGGUGACGUUAUGAAGUAGAGUUACUGUCGUGAAUCCAGGGGAAGUCUUUGCUUACAAUAGGAGCCUUGUGUUGUUGAAAUAAAGGGUGAAAUCUGGA